AUGACGAAGGAGUUAGACUCUCUACGUCAGAAGGAGACGUAUGAGGUCGUGGAAAAGCCGAAGGAUAGAGGCAAGCGUUCCUCCCACUCCUUUGGGCCCGAAUCUGCGUGCGCGGAGACCUCCAAAACCAUCUCACUGGAAGAAAACCGAGCAGCUACACUAGCUGCGCGGACAGCACGGAUGAUCUUCGCCUUGGUCGCUGCAUUUGACCUCGAUCUGCGCCAACGAGACGCCGUCACGGCAUUCCUGAACAGCAGGCUGAACAAGGAGAUAUACGCAGGGAUGCCAGAGGGCUUUACCAUCCCAGGGAUGUGCUGGAAGCUAGUGCGAGCGUUAUAUGGGCUGAGAAUGUCGCCGCGCCUGUGGCAGCAGGAAGCGGCAGCAGUUCUCAGCAAGCUCGGGCUACAGCCAGUUCCUGAGGACCCAUGUAUCUUCGUGGGUAAAGAAAUCAUCGUCUUCUUUUAUGUGCACGAUAUCCUGAUAGCAUGCCAUUGGACUGCGAGAGAGCGGGCUCGGCAGCUAGAACGAGACCUCGAGGCACACUGGGAGCUCACUGAUCAUGGAGAAGCGGAAUGGUUCUUGAAUAUCCUAGGCGGACGUAUACAUUGGAAAGUAGCAUAUCACAUCUUCUUCAUCAAGACGGAGCUAUGA